AGUAUGGCAUGUGGGAGAGAGUGAAAACUUGGGUGUUUUUCUUGAAAUAUAAUGCUUUUAAGGGGAGUUCAUCACAGCUCCAGUCUUGGACGGUGCAGCCAUCCUUUGAAGUGAUACCAGCUCAGCCACAGCUAGUCUUUCUUCGUCCAUCAAUCCCACCUCCCAUUAACCCUCACCCUGUUGGGAAAAAGAGAAAUGACUCCACUAAUUACCUGCCCAUCCUGAAUUCUUAUCCCAAAAUAGCACCACAGCCCUGCAAAAGAGAUCGCUCCUUUGAUCUAGAAGAAUGUCAGGAAUCCAGUUGCCAUAAACGACUCUGCACAGAAACACACAAGAUGGAGACUUCUGCUGUAUCAAGGAGCACAGGCUUGCCUACUAGUCCUUUUGCCCACCUACCUGUUAGCUUUAAGACCCCUCGGGAUUCUAACCAGCAGAGUUCUUCAACUCUAGUCACAAGUGGAAAGCUGUCAGCUCUUCCUGGUUUUCAUCGUGUUUCUAGUGACACUCAGAAACUGCCAGGUUUGACUCCCGUUUUGCCUUUUGGAACUCUGCAGGCAACAAAAUGCACCCCUCAUGAGAGCGAUAGUGCAGCACAGACUACGAUGCAGUCUGCAGUGUGGAGCCCCCCACUGAUACCGGAAGAGAUUUGCACUACCCCUGAGCUACUCUUGCAACAGCAAAGCAAGUGCAGACGCUUUCAGAACACACUUGUUGUGCUACGCAGGUCUGGAUUGCUGGAGAUAACUUUAAAAACCAAGGAGCUCAUUCAUCAGAACCAGGUGACUCAGGCCGAGCUGGACCGGCUGAAGCAUCAAACACAGCUUUUCAUAGAGGCAAUAAAGAACAAUGCUCCACAGUCAUGGGCAGAGCUAGAAGCAUCUCUAACAGGAUCUGAUAAAGUUGAUAGUAACCUUGAAGACCCCCCUUAUCCCAAUAUAUAG